AAUACUUAACAAACAAAAAAAGUGGGUGGAAAUAAAAGUAUUGUUUUCUUAGAGUAUCUCCAAUGUAAAACUCCAUUUUUUACUUCAAAAUGGAGUAAAAGUGAAAAUGGAGUAAAAUUACUCCAACCAUAUUCCAUUUCCCACUCUAUAAUGAAGUGAUGAACAAACAAAAAAUAGAUUACUCCAUUUAUAGAGUAAAUUUCAUUAUGGAGUGAGAUAUGAAAUGGGGUUGGAACAUUCUUUACUUCAUAUCCACUUUUACUCCAUUUUAGAAAAAAAAAUGAAGUAAGAAUGGAGAUGUCCUUACAAGUGAUGAAUAAUUUGGAAGAAAGCAAACUUUAUGACGAAUAAAGUAUAAGAUGGAAAGUCUAAUACGAAUGAUUUAUUUCCUCAUAAAUCAUUAAUGCUGUAGAAAUUAGCAGAACAUGAGAGAUGCAUAAUAGAUGAUAAAACAUAAAUUAAGAAAGCAAAUUAUAUGAUUAAAAACUCACAAAAUCACUUUGAUAUCCGCCAGUCAUCAAACAACUCUUAAACUUUAUGAACUUCAGCUGCUACCAACAACAUGCUUUGAUCUUUUCGAGUCUUUUGCAUUUCCUUAUGAAUAAAGCAAAAACACCUAGAAGCUUUAUGCUUAAUAAAUUGGAAUUAGAGUCGGUUCAUUGGAAUAAUAAAGCAAAAAAUAAACAACAGAAACAAUGACCUUUAAUACACUGACACACGCUCAUAUCAACCUCUGCAUCUUCUUAUAAAUCAGUCCUAUUUUCUCUCUUUCUCUCUGUCAAGAAGAAGGCAAACAUCAAGAGAACCAGAUGAGACACUCUUGCUUUGUUUGCUUGUUACUGUUUCUCAUCACUGUUUCAGUUCAGUUAGAUGAGACAAUAUCCUUAAUAAGAGACAUGACAAAGCUUCUUGAAAUCCAAGACAAGAUCCAAGAAAAACUCGCUGUCGCUCCCUCUCUCCCACCUUUGUCUCCCCCUUCAUCGCCAUUUCCCAAAAUGGUAGGCAGAGUUAUAUACCCAAUUAGCUACGGAGCUGACCCGACAGGUGGACAAGACAGCAGUGACGCAAUACUUGAAGCUUUAACCGAUGCUUUUCAGCUACACAUUGAGCUUCACAUGCUGCCACGUGUCACUGAUCUAGGUGGUGUUGUUAUUGAUCUCCAAGGUGGCAGUUACAAAAUCGGAAAACCUCUCCGGUUCCCUUCCUCCGGUGGCGGAAACCUCCUGGUAAAAGGAGGGACAUUCCGAGCAUCAGAAGUGUUUCCUGGUGAUCGGCAUUUGGUAGAACUCGUGGCUUCAAACUCGUCGCCGGAGGAUACAUUCUCCGACCAGAACUCAGGGAUCUUCUUCGAGGAUGUGACAUUCAAAGACGUUCUUUUCGACUCAAGCUUCAGAGGUGGGGGUCUCGCGGUAGUAAACUCAGCUCGUAUCCGUAUCACAGACUGCUACUUCCUCCACUUCACAACACACGGGAUCAAAGUCCAGGGAGGUCACGAGACAUACAUUUCAAACACUUUCUUGGGACAACACUCAACAGUAGGCGGCGACAGACAAGAAAGACAAUUCUCCGGGACAGGUAUCGAUAUCUCUAGUACAGAUAACGCCAUAACCGACGUAGUAAUCUUCUCCGCUGGGGUCGGUAUCUUGUUGAACGGCCAGGCUAAUAUAGUUACGGGCGUGCAUUGCUACAACAAAGCUACAUGGUUUGGUGGGAUUGGGAUUCUAGUGAAGUCUCAUUUAACGAGGAUAGACAACUGUUACCUUGACUACACAGGUAUAGUCAUCGAAGACCCUGUUCACGUCCACGUCACAAACGCUCUCUUCUUGGGAGAUGCGAACAUCGUGUUGAGAUCGGUGCAAGGGAAGAAGAUUCACGGUGUGAACAUUCUCAACAACAUGUUUAGCGGUGAUCCUAAACACAACUUCCCGAUUGUUAAGCUAGAAGGAGAGUUUAAUGAGGUUGAGCAAGUUGUGAUUGAUCAGAACAAUGUGGAAGGGAUGACGUUGAAGUCAACAACCGGGAAGGCGAAGGUAUCAGCUAAUGGGACGAGAUGGGUUGUUGAUUUUGAACCGGUUUUGGUUUUCCCUAACCGGAUAAACCAUUACCAGCAUUCGUUUUUGGCGCAGUCCGGAGAGAUUCCUGCGAGUGCUGUGACUAAUGUUUCCAACAAUGUGGUGGUUGUCGAAACUGAUAGAGAUGUGAUCGGAACCGUGUCAGUGAUUGUUUAUCAGUAGUGAAAAAAAAACAACAUGUGUUCAUAUUUGAUCAUUGUCUUAAUGUUUCUACGCAAAUACAGACAUAGUUUCGUGAA